ACUACCAGUAUAUCCAUCGGAAACCCAGCUCAACCGUUUAGAGCCAUUGUCGACAUCACCCAAUCAAACCUGUUUGUGCCCUCCUGGAACUGCACAAACGACUCGUAUGAAGCAGAAUAUUGCCUCCCCCACCUAAUGUACAACUCCACGGUUUCGUCAACCUAUCAACCUGACCUGACGCCGGCAAGACUUCACUACUAUGGCGUCUAUACUUGGGGAAACCUAUCGCGGGACACCGUACACAUUGACGGAGUCUCAGUGGCUGGACAAGAAUUUCAGGAAGCGACAAUGUGGCGUCCGGCCUACCUCAUAGAUUGGGACGAGCAAUACGACAGCGUUUUGGGCUUAGCGCGCUUCCACGCCACCAAUACUUACGAUGACUUCAACGUCACUAGCCCUCUAGAAAAUAUGGUCCAACAGAAAGUCCUCGAGAGGAAUGUCUUCGCUCUCAGGCACCCUCGCACAGACGACGAGGAGGGAGAAUUGAUUCUCGGCGGUGUAGACGAUGCGUUCCGCAACUCUCUCAUCACACUUCCUCUCAUCAACGAUCCUCCGGAUGGCGAUGACUCGAACUUCAUCCCUUUUGCAUCAGCGGGAUGGCAAGUGGCAGUUUCUAGCUUUUCUUUAGACUCAUAUCGCGAUAAGGGCCCGCUCGAGAUUGCCCUACCACGUUACAUCGCCGUCCUCACGAAUGGUUAUACCAAUAUGAUGUUCCCCUCGCACAUUGCUCAUCAAAUCGCUGAGCACCUGCACUGGGCGGACUGGCUCGAUGACUUCUCUUGCGAGGAGCGGCAUCGCUUUCCGAAUGUAACAUUUACCUUGGGAACCCAGCAGCACCGGCUUAUGCUUUCACCUUGGCAGUACAUGCACGAGGUGGUUGAUCCCGAAGGGCAUAAGAGGUGCAUAUUGCCAUUCAAUCCACUGUAUGAGGAUAGCCACCAUCCAGACUACAUUCUGCUGGGUGCUGCGUUCUUCGCAGGCUUGUACGCCGAAUUUGAUCUAGACAAGCAGAGUAUU